GUAGCUAACAGUGAAACAUGCCUGAGAUAAACUUUUCAUACAGUCAAUGAGAUUAAUCUAUCUAAAAAUGUCUUGUAAUAUUUAGAUCUCAAUGCAAAGAGAAGAAACCUAAAUUUGAAUCAAUUAUAUUUUAAUCCAUGGGAAUUGUAAAGUGGACGGGGGGAGAAUAAAUUUGAUACAAAGUAAAGGUAAUAAGGAAACAGGCCCAUAAUAAUGCGGUGAGCAAAAGAGAGCUUUCUAUGAUGUAACACAUUAGGAUUACUCCCACAUCCAUCCUUCAGCAGCUGAACCAAUUUACUUUUGGCUCAGCUGUUUUAUACUUGAAACUAAUGUGAAGCUAGUUUAAUUGCUUGAUAUGCUGCUAUUCUGGGAAGCUUGCACAGAAGCAGUUUCUUCAUUUCUAGAAAUUCUUAUCUCCUGGAAGUUUGGUGGCAGACAUGCUAAAAAAUCUUUCAAGAGCAGAGCUGGGUUGGCUCUUCCAGCUCCCAGAAAUUGGCACAGACUGCCAGACAAAGUGAAAUAAGAAGGGGGGGGGCAGGCACUGUAAAACAUUUUACACCCUUUUAUAACCUAGGAUGCAGUUGAAAAAAGUGAAAAGCAUUUUUGUAUCCCAAUCUCCCAAGCUGCUGCACAAAAGAAACCAAAAAGGUAACCCUGCUGCAUCAUAAGAUUGUUGGCAAUAGCUAAUCAGUUUAAAACAGCUUUGGAGGGAUUGGGGACCAGAACUGAUGGCAGAACUGUAGAAAUAUUUUCUACAAAGCAUCCUCUAAAAAGGUAUUUAAUUCUUCCUUUACUGGUCUGAAAUGGCCCUUUAUAUCUUGGGAGGAAAGAUCAAAUAUUGAGAGCAGCUUCAGUUUUCCUUUUCUCCCUUUCACACCCGACGGAGGAUGGGAAACAAGAGAUUCUUUCUUGAGCUGCUUUGGAAGAGGGAUCUUGCGAGAGGCGACUCAUUCUCCAAGCUCCAAGAAAAAGAUUACGAGAAAUUUAUAGCUGCAGUUUCAACAUAAGUUUGGCAAUAAGUCUGGCUUCUUGCUGACUUCCAACUGAAACCGUACCCUCUCGCACGCCCCCAGCAGCGGACCUCGUGAAUUUCACUUCCCUUUGUGAAAGUGAAAAGUUGAAAACGUGAAAAGCACUCCUGUUUAUCCUGUGUCUGAGCAGAAAGAUGCGGAGAACUGCUCUCCGGGAUCUCAGGGCCCAUCCACACCAUCGGAGGAAAUCAUGGAUAUGCGGGCAAAGUGUGGUGAUGCUAUCUUUGCUCCAAAGCAGACCGACCGAGAGCAAAAGCGAGCGGAGGCGCUCGCUGUAACGGCGGGGUGGGUGCCUUUGCAGUCGUAGCGCAGCUUCACCCUCCUGAUAAGCAAAGCGACAACACGAACUGUAUUUGCGUAACUGGGUUACAGCCGCUCUGGCAACGGGAAUCUCGCAGGGCUCUUCUGAGUCCCUUCGCAUUUCCUUCGUCGCAUCUUAUCAGCCUCCGUGUUUUCCACCUUUUCUUUAGCCGCCCAACGAGAAGGGAGAGCUGCCGGCUUAGAGACUGGAGCUCAGCAGCACGCGCCUCCGCCUCCCUCCGCAGGCAACCUCCGCCCUACUUCGCCUAGGCGGGGGAUGCUACUUGGGCUCCUGAUUGCCCUUGACACCAAUCCUUCGCAGCGGGAGAAACAGCAGCCGCAAUAACAAAAGCAGUCAAGGACAGGUCGGGUGACCGCGAACUUUUUCCCGCUCCUCCUCCUCGACCUCCGGUUGAAGGCAGCUUCAGACCGGCUGCACAAAAGGCGUCUCAGCCUCCUGCCGCCUCCUCCUCCCCCCGCUGCGGAUCACGUCACGGGAAAUAAAUAAAUAAUCCCAUUCACCCAGUGACAGGGAGCAGGAACCGGCGCGGCGGCGGCAAGCUUAGAGCCAAGGGCCAACCCAGCCCAAGCUAGAGAAAGAGACAGACGAAGCCAGGCUUAUCAGCAUGUCAGGUUAUGUGGAACUUGUUCAGAUAUGCACCCUGACACAGUAAUGCUCAAUGUCAUCUAGUGUCUGCCAGUAUAUAUUUCUACAUAUUAAGCAUAGUGACAAGAAAAAAAAAGAAAUGCCACCUUCAACAACAGCAUCGCAAUAUGCUCCCCCUGAUGGAGGAUGGGGUUGGAUCGUGGUCUUUGGAGCUUUCAUCUCCAUUGGAUUUUCCUAUGCAUUCCCUAAAGCCAUCACAGUGUUCUUCAAAGAGAUACAAGAAAUCUUUGGCACAUCAUAUAGCGAGAUAGCGUGGAUCUCAUCAAUCAUGUUGGCUGUUAUGUAUGCAGGAGGCCCUAUAAGCAGUAUUUUGGUGAACAAAUAUGGCAGUAGGCCAAUCAUGAUUGCUGGGGGGAUACUGGCUUCAUUUGGAAUGAUUACCUCUUCGUUCUGCAACAGCGUCUUGCAACUUUACCUAUGUGUUGGUAUAAUUGGAGGUUUGGGUUUGGCUUUCAACUUGCAACCUGCCUUGACGAUAAUUGGCAAAUAUUUUUAUAAAAAGCGUCCCAUUGCUAAUGGACUGGCCAUGGCGGGAAGUCCUGUCUUUCUAAGUACUCUGGCACCCUUGAAUCAGUUUCUUUUUAAUGCUUUUGGUUGGAAAGGAAGUUUCCUCAUUCUGGGAGGACUUCUUUUAAAUUGCUGUGUGGCUGGGUCACUUAUGAGACCUGUUGGACCAAAACCUAUUCAGGUCAUCAAAAAAGAUGUGGAAAAAGCAACUGGAGAUUCCACUUUGCACAAGAAUGACAAGAAAUCAGUCUGGCAAACCAUCAACAAAUACUUAGAUUUAACCCUCUUCAAACACAGGGGCUUUUUGAUUUAUUUGUCUGGAAAUGUUAUCAUGUUUCUUGGCUUCUUUGCCCCAAUUGUGUUCUUAGCUCCUUAUGCCAAGCACAAAGGAAUUGAUGAAUAUUCGGCAGCUUUUUUACUCUCUAUCCUAGCUUUUGUAGAUAUGUUUGCCAGGCCAUCCAUGGGUUUAAUUGCAAACUCCAAAUACAUCCGGCCCAAAAUCCAGUACUUCUUUAGUUUUGCUGUUUUGUACAAUGGAGUCUGCCACAUCCUGUGCCCAUUGGCUGAAACCUAUCCAGGCCUGGUUGUGUAUGCUGUACUUUUUGGACUUGCAUUUGGAAUGGUUAGCAGUGUCCUUUUUGAGACAUUGAUGGAUCUUGUUGGUGCGCCAAGAUUCUCCAGUGCAGUAGGACUCGUCACAAUUGUGGAGUGCUGUCCUGUCCUUUUAGGCCCACCUAUGGGAGGUUUGCUUGUGGACAUAACCAAAGACUACAAAUAUAUGUAUUUUGUCUGUGGUAUAAUUGUUGUUGUUUCAAGCAUUUGGCUGUUCAUUGGAAAUGCAAUCAAUUAUAGACUUUUGGCAAAAGAGAAGAAAUUAGAAGAUGAAAGGCAGAACGCCUUAAAGGAUGCUGAUUCCAAGGAAGCGGAGCCUUUGACCCACAAAGAAAGUGAAGAAGUUCUCAACAGAUCCAGCAAAAUGCAAGACAGUCCUUCAGAAAGAGAAACAAACAUUUAACAUAAAUAUACAUAUUUAUAAUGUUCAAAGUACAUGCCAGAUGUUUUGUAGUAGUUAUAAUCAAUUACAAUACCAAAUGGCAAUAGGCAUUUAGAAAACCACAUGUAUUAUAAAACACAGUAAAUUGAAUCACUGUUCUGUCCCUUCUAAAGAGAGAGAAGGAUACAGAAAGAGUCUUCCCAGAACUGCAUUAAAAUGUUUUCCUCUUCAAUCACACUGCCC